AUGAUGCCUCCCAUGACCCUCUACAACAUGUCCUGGAUCCUGUUCUCCUGCCUAAUGCUCCUGUCUCAGGUGCAAGGUCAAGGUUCCAAGGAGGACCUGCAAUCACCUCGCAUCAGCUGCCCCAAAGGCUCACAGGCCUAUGCAUCCCACUGCUAUGCCUUGUUUAGGACAGAAAAAUCUUGGUUUGAUGCAGAUCGGGCCUGCCAGAAGCGGCCCUCAGGACACCUGGUGUCUGUGCUCAGUGAAGCUGAGGGUGCCUUUGUGUCGUCCCUGGUGAAGAGCAUGGUGAACAACUACGAAUAUGUCUGGAUGGGCCUCCACGAUUCCACAAUGGGCCAAGAAACUGAUGAGGGUGGCUGGCAGUGGAGCAAUGAUGAUGUGUUGAACUACUUUAACUGGGAUAAGGAUCCUUGCUCUGCCUCACAGCAUGGUUACUGUGGGACAUUGACAAGAAAUUCAGGAUUUCGGAAGUGGACAAACUAUAACUGUGACUUGAAGUUGCCCUAUGUUUGUAAGUUCAAGAACUAGACUGGAGAUCCUCCAGCUCAAGCUCAGUGUGUAGCUCAUCAGAGUCCAGAUUCCAAGUGUGAAAAUUCCUCCAGCAAGGGUGAUGUUUCCUCAGAACAGUCACCUCACCCCUGUUUUUGGUCUUAUUUUUAUCUUGCCCACUCUAUUUGGACCCUUCUAAGAAUGUUAUGACUUUAGGACUCACAUAGCACUAAUAAAACAGUAAUUUCUA